AUGUUUGGUCGAUUCUUGCUCUCAUUGCUAGUCGUUUAUGUAUGCAGUGAGGACUGUCCCGAUCAAUGGUCUCAGUACAAAGAUCACUGUUACUGGCCCUCAACAUCAAGUGCAUAUAGCUGGAAAGCUGCAGAGCGUGUAUGUGAGAGUCUUGGUGGAUAUCUGACAGAAAUAGAGGAUCAUGAUGAGAAUGAUUUCAUUGCUCGAAUGACGUUUGGUGCAGGUACUUGGUUCUUUAUGGGUAUUGUUCGAGAAGAACAAUCUAGUGGAUAUGUUACUGCAAGCAAUAGUGACGAAGUGGAAUAUAGCAACUGGCUAGAAAUUGAAAACAAUGAACCAGGUGGGCCAAGAUGCACAAGAAUGGGCUAUCUUGGUUACUGGGAUUCAUACUCUUGUGACGAAAAACAGUAUUUCAUUUGCGAGAGUGAUGAAUAUAUAGGCAGCAGUUCUUUUGGAACAUGGUUGUCAAAAACCAAUUUAUUCAGAUAUGAAGAUCAUUACUACAGAACUGUUGGCAAAAAGGCAACAUAUGCCGAAGCUCAGAAAAUGUGUAAAAGAGCUGGUGCGUAUCUUGUUGAACCCAACGACGAAGGUGAAAAUGUCUAUGUGCAUGACAAGAUGCACGAAGUAUUUCAUGGUCAUUGGCGAUAUAUUGGAGGAUCGGAUACCAAACAGGAAGGAUAUUUCGUAUGGAGUGACAACCGUGCUUUAACCUUUGAGAAUUGGUGGCCGGGAGAACCUAAUAAUAAAUAUAAUGAGGACUGCAUGGAAAUGAGAUAUUGGGGAAAGUGGAAUGACGUGGAUUGUUAUCAUAACAACCGAUAUAUCUGUGAAAAAGCAAUCGAAGAAAAAGACCCGACACAUGCUGAAGUCGGAACAAAUGCACAUGUCACAACAGAGGCUGAAGUUGGAACAAAUGUACAAGUCACAACAGAGUCUUUGGUUGAAAAAAAUACACAAGUCACAACAGAGGCUAAAAUUGAAACAAAUACAAAAGUCACAACAGAGUCUAAAGACGAUACAACUGUACCAUUCACAUACGCUUGGAAAGAAACGACGACCUCAUAUUUCUAUAACUAGUUAUUAUUCAAGUAAUUCAUUCCUUCUUUCCAAUCCAACAGUUACUGCAACGCAACAUGUUAUCUAUUUAAUCAAAUAUAACCUAAAAACAUUUUUCAAUAAAACAGUGCAAUGUUCACAGUUUAAAAGUACUUGAAUGUACACAUGACAGUAUCGUAGUUAACUAUUGGCCUGAUCAGAACUAUCCCGGAUAGUGUCCUAUUUUGUUGUCCGAACUGAUUUAUUUUAACAUGGUGCAGAUUUUUAAGAAUUUAUUAAAUAACAAAAUGCAAUUGAUGUUUCCACAA